AUGCGUUUCAACGCCCUAAUCCGUACCCACCACAUCACCUCCCGGAAGAAAGUCGCCGCCCUAAAACGUGCCGCCGAUGCCCACCAGUGUUUCGUCCUCCUACGCUCCGGCGGUUGUCCCGGGAUCAUGUACGUGGAGGGUCAGGAGCAGACCAAUGUUGAGUCAUGGGUGUCUGUGGUGCGUAAGCUGCGUUACAAGGACUUUCAGCUUGUCACGCGGCCGGGUCUCUUGGCGCCGGAGGGGGAUGAGUAUCCCCUCCCCCUUCCUGGGAGUGGGUUAUCCGAGGUGGAAAGUGUCAAAGAGUUCGGGGACUUGAUGUCCAAAAGGAGAGUUUGGGGAUGGUGGAGGAAAGGCAUGGGGUAUGCCUAG